AUGGUGGAAUUGGAUGAUGGGUGUAAUUCGGAGAAGAGAAGAAGCAGGAUUACAAUGAGUAACGAUGAUGGUUCCAUCGCCAUUAUCGAGCACAAGGCCUAUGCCAGAGUUGGCUUCCUUGGAAACCCUAGUGAUGUCUAUUUCGGUCGGACCAUCUCUUUCAGUGUUGGCAAUUUUUAUGCUUCUGUUAAGUUGGAGCCCUCUGACAAUCUCAUCAUCCGCCCCCACCCUCGCCAUGAUCUUGUUCAGUUCAAUUCCAUGGAUCAAAUGGUGAAUCGCUUACAAAAUGAAGGUUAUUAUGGAGGGGUGCGCUUAGUUAUGGCGAUUUGUAAAGUUUUUUACCAUCAUUGUAAAGACAACAAGAUUGAUCUUAAUGGUGGGAAUUUCACGCUGUCAUAUGAAACCAAUAUCCCUCGUCAGACAGGACUUUCAGGUUCCAGUGCCAUUGUAUGUGCUGCCUUGAAUUGCCUCCUUGACUUCUAUAAAGUCCGGCAUCUGGUUAAAGUUGAGAUCAGGCCUAACCUUAUUCUUGAUGCGGAGAAGCAGCUUGGAAUUGUUGCUGGUCUUCAAGACCGGGUUGCACAGGUCUAUGGGGGACUUGUUUACAUGGAUUUUAGCAAGGAACAUAUGGAUGACUUGGGGCAUGGCAUUUAUACACCCAUGGAUGUCAGUGUUCUUCCUCCUCUCUAUCUCAUUUAUGCUGAAAAUCCGAGUGAUUCUGGGAAGGUACAUAGUACUGUUUGUAAAAGGUGGCUUGACGGUGAUGAGUUUAUAAUAUCAUCAAUGACAGAAGUUGCAAAUGUUGCUUUCGAAGGCCGUACAGCCUUACUUGAAAAGGACUACACCAGACUCGCAGAACUUAUUAAUCGUAAUUUUGAACUUCGAAGGCAGAUGUUUGGAGAUGAUGCACUCGGUUCUCUGAAUAUAGAGAUGGUGGAAGUAGCCAGAAGGGUGGGAGCAGCUUCAAAAUUUACUGGAAGUGGAGGAGCUGUAAUUGCAUUUUGUCCAGAUGGGCCUUCACAAGUGAAGCUUCUUGAAGAUGCUUGCCAGAAGGCUGGCUUUGUUGUUCAGCAGGCGGUUAUUGUUCCUUCUUUUCUAAAUGAAAUUGAUCUCAAAACCCUGCCUUCUAAAUGACUGCUGACAUUCUAGAGAUAAGGGUACCUGAUGUCUAAUGAUAUUUUCUUUAUCAC